GUUCCAGUCACAAAUGCAUAUAUGAUGCAUUUUGACAUUUACUGCUAAGAUGAAAUGCAGAAAUGAAACCACACAUCCAUUUUAGUAUUCUCAGAUGUGAUUAGAUGUACUUGCUCAUGCUUUGAUGCUACUGACUUAUAAGAAAAAAAAAUGUUUUAAAAGGGUAACCGUUAAACAGCUAGGACCUGCAACUUCAGUGCUUCUGGGAUAACUGGAACAUCAGAAGGACAGAUUUUAUUACAGCAUAAUCACACCUCAUUUCUUUCAUCAGCAGUUGUCACCAGACACUGUUACUUCCUAGAAUGGCGGACAAUCUUCCCACAGAGUUUGAUGUGGUUAUAAUAGGGACAGGUUUGCCCGAAUCCAUCCUUGCAGCUGCAUGUUCAAGAAGUGGUCAGAGGGUUCUGCAUAUUGAUUCAAGAAGUUACUAUGGAGGAAACUGGGCUAGUUUCAGCUUUUCAGGAUUGCUAUCCUGGUUGAAAGAGUAUCAGCAAAACAAUGACAUUGGGGAAGAAAGUACUGUUGCAUGGCAGGAUCUGAUCCAUGAAACAGAAGAAGCCAUCACUCUUCACAAGAAGGAUGAAACUAUUCAACACACAGAAGCUUUUUGCUACGCCAGUCAGGAUAUGGAGGACAACAUUGAAGAGAUUGGUGCUCUGCAGAAAAAUCCUUCUUCGGGGGUGUCUAAUACCUUCACUGAAGUUCUGGAUUCUGCAUUGCCCGAAGAAAGCCAGUCAUCAUAUUUUAAUAGUGACGAAAUGCCUGCCAAACACACUCGGAAAAGUGAUACAGAGAUUUCACUAGAAGUAACUGAUGUAGAGGAAUCAGUGGAGAAGGAAAAGUAUUGUGGAGAUAAAACUUGUAUGCACACAGUUUCAGAUAAAGAUGGAGAUAAAGAUGAAAGCAAAUCUACAGUAGAAGAUAAUGCCAAUGAACCAGUUAGAAAUAGGAUUACUUACUCUCAAAUAGUUAAAGAAGGCAGGAGGUUUAAUAUUGAUUUGGUAUCAAAACUGCUGUAUUCUCAAGGAUUGCUAAUUGAUCUUUUAAUCAAAUCCGAUGUUAGUCGUUAUGUAGAAUUUAAAAAUGUCACUAGGAUUCUUGCAUUUCGGGAAGGAAAGGUAGAACAAGUGCCUUGUUCCAGAGCAGAUGUCUUUAAUAGCAAGGAACUCACCAUGGUUGAAAAGAGGAUGCUAAUGAAAUUUCUCACAUUUUGUUUAGACUAUGAACAACAUCCUGAUGAAUACCAAGCUUUCAGGCAGUGUUCAUUUUCAGAAUACUUAAAAACUAAAAAACUAACUCCCAACCUUCAACAUUUUGUACUGCACUCAAUUGCAAUGACAUCAGAAUCAUCUUGCACUACAAUAGAUGGUCUUAACGCAACUAAAAACUUCCUUCAAUGUCUCGGACGGUUUGGUAACACUCCCUUUUUAUUUCCCUUGUAUGGCCAAGGAGAAAUUCCCCAGGGUUUCUGUAGGAUGUGUGCAGUUUUUGGUGGAAUCUAUUGUCUUCGUCAUAAAGUACAAUGCUUUGUAGUCGACAAAGAAUCUGGACGAUGUAAAGCAAUUAUAGAUCACUUUGGUCAAAGAAUAAAUGCUAAAUAUUUUAUUGUGGAAGACAGUUACCUUUCUGAGGAAACAUGCUCAAAUGUGCAGUAUAAGCAGAUCUCUAGGGCAGUACUCAUUACAGAUCAGUCUAUACUAAAGACAGAUUCAGAUCAGCAGACUUCCAUUCUGAUAGUUCCUCCAGCAGAGCCAGGAGCCUGUGCUGUACGGGUCACAGAAUUAUGUUCUUCAACCAUGACAUGCAUGAAGGACACCUAUCUGGUACAUUUGACAUGUUCAUCUUCUAAAACAGCAAGAGAAGACUUAGAAUCAGUGGUGAAGAAAUUAUUCACUCCGUAUACUGAAACAGAAAUAAACAAGGAAGAACUUACAAAGCCAAGACUCUUGUGGGCUCUUUAUUUUAAUAUGAGAGAUUCCUCGGAAAUCAGCAGAAGCUCAUAUAAUGGCUUGCCUUCCAAUGUUUAUGUCUGCUCUGGGCCUGACUGUGGCCUGGGAAAUGAGCAUGCUGUCAAGCAAGCUGAAACACUUUUCCAGGAGAUCUUUCCAGCUGAAGAAUUCUGCCCUCCACCUCCAAAUCCAGAAGACAUUAUCUUUGAUGGUGAUGAUAAGCAGCCAGAGGCUUCUGGAACCAAUAAUGUAAUAAUGGCCAAACUAGAAUCCUCUGAGGAAAGCAAAAACAUAGAAAGCCCAGAGAAGCACCUUCAAAAUUAGAAAAGAGUAAUCUGGAAAUGCUGUUUUGGACCUCCUUCAUGGCAUCAGAAUUUUCUCAUUUAAAGGACAAUUUCCCAUAUGAGUAAUUAAGAGUGGUUAUAUAUGAUGAAUGCUAUGCAGAUGUUGUCUUUAACUCUCAGACAUUCAAUGAGUGAUUUAUCGAUUAUUGAACAUUUUGUUUAGAAUGGGCUACAUGACCCAGAAUCUUAAAACAGAGUUAGCUUUAUUUUAGUAUUGGGUAUGUAUGUAAGGGUUCCAUAUUAGCAACUCAGCUUAAAGGUAAUGUAUUUGCUCAUGAUCUUCAGAUUUUAUCUUUGUCUAUAGAACAAUUAGUAAUACCCAAGUAAUAUUUUAAUUACUUUUGCAGCUAUUACAGUUGCUGCGGCCUGUUCGAAUAGUGAAACACACUCAAAUGGUAAAUUAUGUGGAUCUUUUGCAUAUAAUGUAAAUGUGUAGACAUGGUGGUAGGAAUAGCAACUAAUACAAAUGCCAAAAUGAUAAUAAAAUACAUUUGUCUA